AUCGAAUGUCAGUUGACAGAUUUUCCAUAAAUUUCUGUGUAUUGCUGUUUACAUUUCGUGUAGUUGAAAUGUUUUUUUCCCUUUAAUUUACGUUUUGACUGUGUUUUGGAGUAAAAAAAAGUAUUGGCAUCCGAAGAGAAAAGCAUACAAAUAAAUACGUUAGUGCCGAGGUAGCAUUUGCGCUCGCGCUCAAACAUGGAUGCCUCUCAAAUUCUCAAGCGCCAAAAUCUUCGUGGACUUGCGAAAUGCAAAUCAUGCAGUCAUUAUAAUGGAAUCCGAGCAACAUCUUGCAAAAAUAAAAAAUGUCCGCUAUCUAAAGUGGAAACACGACCGAAGCAAAAACCAAAAAUCAAUGCCAUUGAAUUGGUUACCAAUAGUGAGUCGCAGUUAUUUAGCGUUCAAAUUCGUGAUCGUGACAUUGACAAUAGAAAUUUUGUGUCAGUUACCGAUAAAGUUAUUUCACAAGAUACAAGUGCAUCGAUCAUAAGCCGCAAUGCAAUUUGUUAUGUCGACACGUGUAAAUAUGAUUCGAAUGACAUAAAUAUUAGUUGUAAACAUGUGAAGAGUUCACUGGAAUCGUGCACAACCAAAGCAAGAGUUCAAAAUGUCGAUGUGGAUAUUUUGAAGCGACUUGAGAUGACCAAUGAUCGGCGUGAUAAUCUGUUGGCGAUGCACAAAGAAUCGGAAUCGGCGAUGCCAUUAGUGCAACGAAUCAAUCAACGAGUUUUUGUAGUAUGCUGUGAUGUUAGUUUAAAUUUUCCCAUUGGUCUGUUGCAUGUCGUAUGCAUUGAAGAAGGGAACGGUGUUCAAUUGCGUUGUGCAUGUCAAAAGCCAAACGUGUUGACAUUAUUUAACCAAAGUACGCUGCAAGACAUAGAUGUUUGUGAUCAUAUUUUGUUCAUUUUUGCAGCCAUUCUAAGCGAUCUCAAUCUACAGACAGAAUUCAAAAAUUUGGCCGCAAUAAUCAAACUAUCACUUAACAACACAAUCGAUGAGUGUCAAUGGCUUAGCGAUGAAAUGUCUUCAGUGCCAAUAGCUACUGCAUACAAUGAUCUUGGUAGUACAACAAUAGCGGCUACGCUUGUCGAAAGUUUGGACAAUAUUGAAUUGAUUCAAAUACCGGAAUAUUCAAAUAUAACCGAAGGUGAAACGUUGAAUGAUUCAUUUUUCAAUUUGGAAGAGGGCGACGAGAAAAAUCCACCAAUUUCGGUUGAAGGUGCAAAUAUUCCGAUGGAUGAUGCACUUUGUUUGGUUAAUUAUCGUGUACAAUUGCCGAAUCAAUUCAACGCCAACGACCAUGCUGAAUUCAGUGAUGAAAAUUUCAAUACAACCGAUACACCAAACAAUAUAAGCAUUGAUGGCAUAUACGGUCUUGAUGAUGGCAGCAAUAAAACAAAUGAUGUCGUUUUUUCAUACCUAUGCGCAUCCGAUGAUUUGCUAUUUGAAGAUUUACUCAUGGGAGUGGAAGAGGAUAAUCAAAUGUCAAACAGUGAAUGUUUAGAAAGAAUACAUACAGAAAAUGAAUCCCACACAGAACAUGAACAAAUGUGUAAAAGUCUUAACAACAUUCAACUUGAAUCGUAUCUCAAUUGGCUAGAUUCGGUCAUUGAAACAACGAAUUUAGUGUUGGAUUUUAAUAAUGACGGUCAUCCGGAACCACUGAAAUUCAGUGUGCCCCAUUUAUACUUUGAAAUUUUACGCACCAAAUUUUCCGUGGGAACGAAAAAAAAGCGAUUGCCCAACCAGACAACAGUCAUUAGCAAUGGAAAAUACAAAAAUCUAACAAUGUUUACAUGGAUUUUUUCAAAUGUUAAGCAGAUCAAGCACAUUUUGAGCACAAAAACAAUGGAACUCGAAGUUGUACGAUCGUUUCGUAAAACAUCACAAAAUACAUUUGAAUAUAUACCAGCAAAUGAUUUAAUUAACUCGGAUGACGAAGCUGUUGAUGCUAACAAUCGAAAAAUUCGACCGACUACCUAUAAGACAUUUUUGAAGAUGAAAAAUGCCGACAGUAACUGCCAAGCAACUUUUCAGCAUAAAGCGAACAAACAAGGACUGUUUGUCAUCGAAUGGAUACCAAAUACGCUACCAAUUAGCAAAUAUGGAGAAAUGCGAAUACAAUUACAAUAUGGUCAUAUGAAGAAUAAAACAGUGUUGCAGUAAUCUAUUGAAUAAAUGCUUUUUUAUCGUUUUUUUUUACAAAA